AUGACUACUACUACGAAUAUCGGCACUGUUCAUGUCAUCCGGCAUGCCGAGGGUGUUCACAACACAGCCAACGACAAGACCAUCCCGGAUCCAGAAUUGUCAUUCAAAGGACUGCAACAAGCCAGAGAUUUGCAUGAUACUUUCCCUUGCAAACAGAAUGUUGGCAUGAUUCUGACCUCACCGCUCCGCCGAACACUCCAGACUGCAAUUGAAGGGUUUAGCGAUAUCAUUGAUCACACAGCUUAUCUCCUUGGGAAAUGUGUUAACAGUAUUGCAAAUGGGGUGCCAUUAGUGCUUGAUCCGGAUCUACAAGCACACUCCGCUCGUCCAUGCGAUACGGGCUCUGAUAUUGCAGCCUUGCAAGAGUUUUUCCGCGAAGUAUCCUUUCAGAAGUUGGACAAGUAUUGGCACGUUAAGCAAGGCGUAUAUGCACCGGAUGAAGAGAGCCUACAGAAGCGGGCUCAUCAUGUUCGUCAACGUUUGAUUGAGCAAUUUAGUGGACUGGCUCAAUUUAGCAAGGGCCAGAACAAUCAUAGACGAGACAUUGUCGUUGUCUCGCAUGGUGGUUUCCUUACACUACUGAUGCAGGAUAAAGUUGCUGCUCUGCCUGUUGUCCAAGCAGCCAGCUCAAACUCAAGCUACCCAAUCAUAAGCACCAAGAGUGGUCCAGUUAAAGGAACCGGGUCACCCUAUCGUGACAAUGUGACUGUCUACAGAGGCAUACCAUAUGCAGCCCCUCCAACAGGAUCACUACGUUGGAAAGCUCCGUCUGCAGCUGCACCGUGGAAUGAAACGUUAUCUGCCACCACUUUUGCGCCACAAUGUGCGCAACCGGUUUCCUCCGCUGGUAUCUUCUCAAAUGGCUUAAACACCACCAGUGAGGACUGUUUGUAUUUGAAUAUCUGGACACCAACUUAUUCCGCCGAUGAACUUUCAUCUCUGUCUGAGAAGAAACUACCGGUCUAUUUCUGGAUCUUUGGUGGCAGAUUCGAAGGAGGUUCAGGAGAUGUCAAGACUUAUGACGGUUCCGGUCUUGCAAUCAAGGACAUCGUUGUGGUUACCAUCAACUAUCGUCUCGGGUCGUUUGGAUUUUUGGCUCAUCCAGACUUAUCCGCCGAAUCAGGGCAUAAUGCUUCUGGAAAUUACGGCAUCCAGGAUCAGCAGUUUGCGCUUCAAUGGGUUGCGGAUAGCAUUGCUGCAUUUGGUGGAAACCCUGAUCAGAUCACAGUUGGUGGCCAGUCUGCCGGUUCAGCUAGUUCGCUUGAUAUGAUGUGGUCACCACUCUCCCGAGACCUCAUUGCAGGUGUCAUCUCUGAGUCAGGAGCUCGUGGUCCGAAAGAUCCAAACACUGGAGGACUGGCGACUAGCUAUCGUACCAAGGAUACUGCCGAAGCUCAAGGCGUUAGCUUUCUUGAAACUCUCAAUGUAACAUCUGUUGCUGAGCUCCGUGAAGUACCGGUGGAGACUUUGAUUGACUACGGAAACGAAUCGGAUGAUUCCGUCUUUACCGAAGACAACUACCUAUCAGCAAUAAUUUCCAAUCCGCCUCUCUGGCGUCCGGUCAUAGAUGGCUAUGUCCUCACGCAUACAUACGGCGAGGCUCUACGCUCAGGUGACCACGGCGAUGUUCCCAUAUUAACGGGAGGCAAUAAAGAUGAAGGAGAUAUCGGUGUGGCAACAAUCUCAUCUUAUAAUUCUACGUACUCAACUGUAUUUCAGAACUUUUCGUCUGAGUUCUUUGCUACAUAUCCGGCCUACAAUGAUACUCAAGUCGCUGAUGUCAGCGACGAGCUCGGUCGUGACAUGAGCCGUAUCGGGACAUGGCAAUGGUCUGCUGCUUGGGCCGCAGGCGGCGCAAAGUCCAACGUUUAUGUGUACUACUGGACACACGCGCCACCGAUUGGAAUGGAUAAUGUAUAUCACGGUUCUGAACUGUGGUAUGUUUUCAACAACAUACCUUACGCCGACUACGAGGCCAAUAUUACCUGGACUGAAGAAGAUCUUGAGAUCGAAGCUACCAUGUCAGAGUAUUGGGCCAACUUCAUUCGCACUGGAGACCCCAAUGGUGGUGACUUGACAUAUUGGGCACCAACAGUUGCUGCUAAUCAAUCCAUUAUGUGGCUGGGCGAUUCAUGGGGAAGUAACUAUCUCUCCCAGACUACCGCGAGGUUUGACUUCAUCACAAGCUGGUUUCAGGUUUUGCAUGAGUGGUAG